CCCCCUGGUCCCGCGCCCCUGGCUCCGGCUCCAGCCGCGGCGAAGCUCACUCGCCUGCAGCCCCGGGAGGGAGCCGCCGGAGCUGCGCUCGCCCGGACUCAGACGGCUGCGGGCGCCCGGGGAGCCUCGGGUUCGGCCGCACCAUGAAUGACUCGGGGGGCCCUGGGGCCGAGGACGCGAGCCAGGCGGGCGGCGGGGGCAGCUGGCAGCCCGAGGCGGUCAUCGUGCCCACGCUCUUCGCGCUCAUCUUCCUCGUGGGCACCGUGGGCAACAGCCUGGUGCUGGCCGUGCUGCUCCGCAGCGGCCGGGCGGUCAGCACCACCAACCUGUUCAUCCUCAACCUGGGCGUGGCCGACCUGAGCUUCAUCGUGUGCUGCGUGCCCUUCCAGGCCACCAUCUACACCCUGGACGGCUGGGUGUUCGGCUCCCUGCUCUGCAAGGCCGUGCACUUCCUCAUCUUCCUCACCAUGCACGCCAGCAGCUUCACGCUGGCCGCCGUCUCGCUGGACAGGUACCUGGCCAUCCGCUACCCGCUGCGCUCCCGCGAACUGCGCACGCCUCGCAACGCGCUGGGGGCCAUCGGGCUCAUCUGGGGGCUGUCGUUGCUCUUCUCGGGGCCCUACCUGAGUUACUACCGCCAGUCGAGGCUGGCCAACCUGACCGUGUGCCACCCGGCGUGGAGCGCGCCCCGACGCCGCGCCAUGGACCUCUGCACCUUCGUCUUCAGCUACUUGCUGCCCUUGCUGGUGCUCGGCCUGACCUACGCGCGCACGCUGCGCUCCCUCUGGCGCGCGGUCGACCCCGGGGCUGCGGGCUCGGGCGCCCGGCGCGCCAAGCGCAAGGUGACGCGCAUGAUCGUCGUGGUGGCCGCGCUCUUCGGCCUCUGCUGGCUGCCCCACCACGCGCUCCUCCUCUGCGUGUGGUUCGGCCGCUUUCCCCUCACGCGCGCCACCUACGCGCUGCGCAUCCUCUCGCACCUGGUCUCCUACGCCAACUCCUGCGUCAACCCCAUCGUCUAUGCGCUGGUCUCCAAGCACUUCCGCAAGGGAUUCCGCCAGAUCUGCGCCGGGCUGCUGCGCCGCGCCCCGCGCCGGACCUCGGGCCGCCGGUGCGUGGCGGCGCCGGGCCCCCGCGGGGGCAGCGUGCUGGAGCGCGAGUCCACGGACCUGACGCACGUAAGCGAGGCGGCCGGGCCGUCCGCCCCUGCGCCGGCGCCUCCCGGGGCCCCGGCCUCGUGCCAGGUCCCGGGUCCGUCCUGGCGGGACCAAAAGGUCCCCCACGGCAGCCUGACAGUUAAUGAGACUUAGCGGGGACGCUCGUGUGUGAAAGGACUGGAGUCGGAGGUCGGGGGGAUGGUGGAUGGUUUCGUCUGUUAAUAAAAUGCGCAAACCGUUUCACGUGCCUGCCGCG